UAGAAUGAGAGAUUCGUGGUUAAGUUGUGGCCGAACACGAGUUUAACAUGUUUUCGGAUGAAAAAUAUCUCGAAAUUUGUAGUGAAAAAACCCUUCAGGUCGAUAAGGAAGGUUUCUUUUUACAAUUUGCGAAAAUAGUAGCUGAAAACGUUGGCGAAAAAUGGAUAAAAAACAUUUUUGGUAAAUUAAAAACAGACAGCCAAAGAAUCCGGAUCAUGUAUAAGGACGACGAGAUUAAAGACUACAUAAUCGGUUUUUUAUCAAACGUACAAGAGAUUUACCGAAAAAAAUCGCCCGAAAUCGCUUUAAAUCGAUUCUCUGAAGCUGAAAAAUGUGGCGACUCGCAAAAAGCCCUAAAUUUGUACAACCAAGCCAUAUUAAAAUCCCCAGAAUCAGACCCGACUCUCCCCUUGGCUUUAAUCAGACGAGCCAACCUUCUAGUCACCCUUAGCGAAUUUUCCCACGCUCUGACUGACACUCAACUCGCCCUAAAACUAAAAGUCCCCAACGACCUCAAAUUUGAUGUUUUCGCAACAAUGGCUCAAUGUUACAAGGCACUAAACGAUGAAACGAAAGCACAAAUUUCGCAAAAUUUGGCCGAAAAAUUGACAAGUGACCCGAAACUAAUCGAAAAGUUACGUCAGACCAUGGCUGGAGAAUAUGCACCAAUCGAACGCGUCGAGAAAGUGAUUCCGCCAAUCAGCGAACGCCACGCUGACUUCAGCCACGCCUCUAGCAAAAUCACGCUGAAAACGUCCCCAGAUGUGGGCCGUUAUGUUGUCAGCAAUGCCGAUAUCGCAACUGGGGAAAUUCUAGUUGCGGAACCCGCCGCUGUGGCGUGCCUUAACCCCGAAAAGUUCGGUACGCAUUGCCAACAUUGCUUCGCCCGGCUUUUAGCACCCGUAGGUUGCCCGCACUGUUCCAGUGUUGCCUUCUGUAGCCCGAAAUGUCGCGAUGACGCAAUUACAACGUACCACAAAUACGAAUGCAAAUUUUUCGACUUGUUAUUAGGUUCCGGAAUGAGUGUUUUAUCCCUCAUGGCGUUACGUAUUAUCACUCAACAGAGUUUAACUCAAACACUUGAGAUUUACGACAAGAAAAACACCAACGCCCUUUAUAACUUAUGUACGAAUGAGUCAAAACGUCAAAAUAGUGAUUUCCUGCAACGAAGCUUAAUGGCAGCGUUUCUGUUGCGCUGCUUGCAGAAAAGUGGGUAUUUUGGGGAAAAUGGCACAGUGGUGCCAACCCAAACUGAGUACAAGGUUGGCGAAAUGUUACUACAUUAUCUCCAAAUUUUACAAUUCAAUGCACAUGAAAUUUACGAGACUUUGUAUAGCGAAGACCACAGUUUGAAAAGUGCCAAAAUGAUAAACAUUGGGGUCGCUGUGUACCCCACUGUGGCGCUGUUUAAUCACGAGUGCUACCCCAGCGUUACGCGGUAUUUUGUUGGGAAAACUAUCGUAAUUGCUUCCAUCCGUCCUUUGACCCCUAAUACCCCAAUUUCAGAAAAUUACGGCCCAAUUUUCACUCGAAUUAAAUUAGCAGAGCGACAGAGAACGCUCUUGGGGCGGUAUUGGUUCAAUUGUCAAUGCCAAGCCUGCCUUGAGGACUGGCCUUUGCUCACAAAUGAAUCAAAUUAUGUGAAACGUUUGAAAUGCCCGAUGGUUAAAUGUUCAAAUUUAUUUCCGUUAUCACCGGAAAUUGAAAAAUGUCCCAAAUGCCAAACCAAAAUCUUAUUAAAAGAAUUAAUCGAAAAAUUAGACUGGUGCGAAAAUCAGUUUAAAAUCGGGAUCGAUUUCGUCAAAUCCGGGAAGAGAGAAGAGGCGAUUCCGGUCCUACGCCAGGCUUUGGAUACUUUUCACCGAGUGUCAGCGCCACCUAACGGUGAAACUCACCGUGCACAAGAAGCCUUAAGGAUGUGUCUGGCCGACCAGGGGAACACUUUCGAUUGUCUUGUUUGAUGAAUAAAUUGAUUUAAAAAAUUAACAAA